CCCAAUGAAGCCCAAAAUAAGCUCCCGUCUCUUCCAUCCAUUAGUACGGAGCCUGAGCCUGAGGCCCUGAGCCCGCCCUAUCCCCUUCUGAUUUCUUUGUCCAAGAAUUCUCUCCAACCGCGAAGAUUUGUGUUUCAGAUGCAGGUUUGGUGGGAAAAUGACAUGAUGAAAUCUGCAUUGUAUAGUCGGUUUUCUAUGUUUGGUCCUCUUCAAUAUCACACAUUUGCAAGCCAUCAUAAGACACCAUUUAAUAUAUUUCAUGGACUCCCUGAUUAUCCUAAAAGGUUACAUUCUCUUAUGCACAAGUGUCAUGUUCAUGCAAUAAGGGAUGUGCAUGGUGGACAAUACCUUCCACCUUGGUUCAGUGUAGCUCCAAUGAUGGCGUAUACAGAUAAUCAUUACAGAACUCUUGCUCGGCUCAUAUCAAAGCAUGCAUGGCUUUUCACGGAAAUGAUCGUGGCAGAAACAAUUGUUCAUCAACGGGAUAAUUUGGAUAGAUUUUUGGCCUUUCCCUCAGAACAACACCCAAUUGUCCUUCAAAUUGGUGGAAGCAACUUGGAAAACCUGGCAAAGGCAACUCAACUUGCAAAUGCUUAUUCCUAUGACGAAAUUAAUCUCAACUGCGGAUGCCCAAGCGGAAAAGUUGCAGGUCAUGGUUGCUUUGGUGCGCGUCUAAUGCUUGACCCAAAGUUUGUUGGGGAUGCUAUGUCGGCCAUUGCCUCCAACUGUGAUGUUCCUGUCAGCGUGAAAUGCAGAAUAGGUGUUGAUGAUCACGACUCUUAUAAUGAACUCUGUGACUUCAUAGACACGGUUGCUUCUCGCUCACCAACUAGGCAUUUUAUUAUUCAUGCACGAAAGGCAUUACUGAAUGGUCUCAGUCCAGCUGAAAAUCGGAAGGUUCCACCUCUAAAGUAUGAGUACUACUUUGCGUUGUUGCGUGAUUUCCCAGAAAUACACUUCACCAUUAACGGAGGCAUCACUUGCAUUGAUCAGGUUAAUGCAGCAAGAAAACAAGGAGCUUAUGGGGUGAUGGUCGGUCGUGCUGCAUACAAUAACCCAUGGACUAUGCUGGGACAUGUAGAUAGCUUGAUAUUCAGAAUGCCAUAUUCUGGUGUUUCACGUCGACAGAUCCUUGAAAAGUUUCAGGAGUAUGCAGACUCUGUUUUAGGCACAUAUAGACCUGGCAAACCAAGUGUAAGGCAACUUGUGCAGCCCUUAUUACACUUGUUCCACUCAGAACCUGGAAAUGGUCUAUGGAAACGUAAAGCUGAUGCUGCAUUGCGACACUGCACGACGGUCGAGUCGUUCCUACAGGAGACUUUAGUUGCAAUUCCUGAUUCGGUGUUGGAUUCAACCCUUACCGAGCAUCCAUCUUCUGAUGAUGAUAAUUUCGCGGAUGUGGAUUGUUUGUUGCCGCCUCCGUAUAGAUCAUCGACUGAACAAGAGUCUGUUUUGUGUUCGUUCUGAGGAAUCGGCAUUCGUUUAGUUGAACAUGGAAUACAGUCUUUUCUUUAUAUAUUUAUGGAAGUUCUGGAUAACAUUUGUCAGCGGCUGAAUUAAACUGUACAUAUCCUAUCAAAUUAUUCAUUCAUGAUAUUGUAAUUACUUAUCAUAGAUCAAUACUUAAGAUCAAGUUUCCUUAAGGAAAAAAAAAGGUUAAGAUCAAGCAAACGUUGUUUUCUCACCGUCGGAAGGGAGACAGAAUUUAAAAAAAAAAAGAAAAGGAAUCCAAGAAAUAAGAUGAAUGAAACCCUUCUCUUCGUGGAGUAGAUUUUUUUUGUUGGCAACAGGUUAGUAUAUGACUAUUUUUAUCUUUUCUGAUC